AUGGCAACGCGGCUGCGGCAGCUCAUGAUCUUGAGCCGCGACGUCGCGCGCAGUUCGCGCUUCUACGAAGAAGGGCUUGGGCUGCAGAUCCUUCGCCAGUCCGACACGUUCGCGGAGUUCAACGUCAACGCCGGCGUGACGCUCAGCAUCAAGCAAGCCCAUGGAGAGGCAGCGUGCAGCGCCGGGUACUCACCGUUCCUCAACUUUGACGUGUACGAUAUGGACGAAACGAUUCCGCGCCUGCUCAUGCUCGGCGCCGCCAUGGACGGCCCGAUCAAGUACCCCGCGUUCGGCAAGGUUGCCGCCGUGCGGUCUCCGGAUGGCACGAUGAUUGGCCUCUAUGAGUCCAAUACCAUGGAGUCGGCCACUUCCGUGUGA